AUAGCGCGUGUAAAGUGGAUUUGAACUUGCAGCCGGUGCUGAGAGGAGGAAGAGGUCCGAGCAGCAGACAUCACUGCAGAAACAGGCGCUGUCACACUGUGUGCGGUUUGUUUGGGACCUGCGUGGAUUUUCUUCUGGAAAAGUUUGAAGUGAUAAAGCAGCACGAGCCAAGUGGACUUUUAGAUUUUUUUUUAUUUUUAGGAUUUACAAGAUUGUGUUGAGAUGCUUCUACACGUCCUCACACACCUGCUCUGCCUGGUGUGUUUGUGUUCCGCUCGUCCUCAACCAGGAUCCUGUCUUCCAGCACCACCACACACAAUGACGAUACACACGAACCCUCCUGUGACCGGCUCUCUGGCAAGCCGGGUGGUGCUUCCCUGCCACUUCUCCAUCCCAAGCGGCCCGACACACACUCCUCCACCCGGACCUCCCGUCCUCGCCGCUCACACCACCCUGAAUCCCGCAGAGGAGCUCAGGAUCAAGUGGACCAAACUGGAGGAAGCAGGAGAGAAGGUGGUGCUGGUGGCGCAGGGAGUGGUGGUGAAGGUGGGGCAGGACUACAGGGGCAGGGUGUCGGUGCCCAGCCAUCCGCUGUCUGUCGGGGACGCCUCCCUGAUCAUCGUGCGGCUCAGGGCCAGCGACGCAGGGCUUUACCGCUGUGAGGUCAUGCACGGGAUGGAGGAUACCCAGGACACCGUCAGCCUCAACGUCACCGGCGUGGUGUUCCACUACAGAGCCAACACCAGCAGAUACACUCUGGAUUUUUCUGAAGCUGUGGAGGCGUGUCGCUCCGUAGACGCCCACAUCGCUACACCUGAACAGCUCGCUGUUGCUUUUGAGGACGGCUUUGAUCAGUGUGACGCAGGAUGGCUCUCCGACCAGACCGUCAGGUACCCAAUCACAGUUCCUCGUCCCGGCUGUGCAGGUAAUCUGAUGAGCAAACCAGGAGUGAGAACGUACGGCGUCCGCGACCCCACGGAGAAAUACGACGUCUACUGCUACGUAGAUAAAAUACACGGUGACGUCUUCUACCCUCCCUCCCUCAAGGAUAAAGUCACCCUGGAGCAGGCGAGACAAGAGUGUGUGAAGCACGACGCGGUGUUGGCGUCACCCGGUCACCUGUUCGCAGCCUGGAGGGCCGGACUCAACCGCUGUGACUACGGCUGGCUGUCUGACGGCAGCGUCCGCUACCCUGUCACCGUCCCCAGGCCGCAGUGUGGAGGAGGCCUGCUGGGGGUUCGCACGCUCUACAAGUUUGAAAACCUAACAGGGUUCCCGGACCCCACUGACAGGCACGGACUGUACUGCUUCAAAGCUAAAGAACCAGAGCCGACUACUGAGAGUCCACCGAUGAUCCCAGCUGAGUACAAACCUGACAGCCCCGUAUACGCUCCACACACUCCAACACCCAGACCAGCCCUAGUUCCUGAAAGAGCUGAAAUUCAAAGAGCCCCCACAGCCGCAGCACACCAACACACCUCCCCUCACACCACAGUCAACGUGAUCCCCACUGUCAUAUUAGAUGACUACGAUAUUCGAGGUUUUGACUCGCACAAAGUAGAGUCGGUACCAGUUAGAGAAGACAUUUUGCUCCCCAUGCAGCUCCCUCCUUUACCCACCACCCGCUCCCAGCCCGCACACCUUGACAUCUCCCACGGGGGAACGGAGGCAGGCCAGGUGGGGUCAGGCCAAGGGGAGAGCAGCGGCAGCGCUGAUGGAGGCAGCAGUGAUGACAGCUCAAGUGGCGCUGAGGUGGGAGUAGUGGUGACCCCAACACAGGUGUGGGUGGAAGCAACGUCCAGACUGUCACAGCUUCUAGAGACCGCUCCAGGGGUGGUCAUUCCAGAAAUCCACAUCCCAGGAUCAGACGUCACUGCUGGGGCCGGAGAGGAGGGGCAACAACCGGCUGUUGUUUUUAAAGAAGACGUCACCUCUGGAACUCCACCGACGUUUGACCUCGACCCAUCACUGGCUCUUCCUGUAGACAGGGAGUCUUCAGCCAAACCACCUUUCCAUCUCAUCAUCGUCAGCUUGCACGACCAAAAUCAGUCAAUUGACCAGAUCGUGGACAUCUUAAAGCAGCCUGUGGUCGAUGGCUCCCACUUACAAUUCCCACGGAUCACUGACCUGUCGCAGAUCUCUAGUGAAGCUGUUCUCCACAGCAGCGGAGACCUCGACUCUCUGGACGCUUCCCCCAUCAGCCUGCCUCCAACUGUCAGCUUUGUCAAUGGAAAACAUGAGGUGACAUUUGCUCCAAAGCUGCCGGAGGAAGCCAGAGGAGACCAGUUUGAGACAGCCACACCUGUUCGGGUAGAGGAGGUGCCAGAAGAAGAAGAAGAAGAAGAAGAAGAAAAAGAGAAAGAGGUGGAGGAGGAGAGCGUGACGACCUUUGACUACGGUGUCAUAGAAAUCCAAACAGAAGAGACACCUACAGAGGAGACACCCAUAGAGGACACCAGUGAGACAAUCCCUCAUCCAGAUACAUACCCAGAUGUAGUUCCAGACUUGGGCGUUGACGGUGACACGGCCCCUGAUGUCUUUCCUGACUUAGAGGAAGUCAAAACUCAAGAACCAGGUGAUCAGACAGCAACAAGAACCACCACCAUGACCCCGUAUAUUCACUCAGUGUCAUCAGCAGCACCCACCACACCAUCAGGACCAGUCCCUCCCAGUGUCUCCCAGCCUGUCACCAUUGGAAUCUCCACCUACGAGGACAUGGAAGGCUCUGCAAGCCGUGGCAUUGAUGAGACUACACAGGAGGGCUCUGCAGACGGCGCUCUGCCCACCCCGGCUGUAGGAAGCCAGUCUGGUGUCAUGACUGAUGAGACAGAAAUUGGAGGGACGGAGCUUCCUACUCUAAUACCAGACACACAGUCACCAGAGACAACCACACAGACACAGACAGAAGACUUUGAAGGAUCUGCCUCUGGAGAGGACGAAGCGUCAGGACAAGACCCACAGGAGACGCCCAGCUUUGCCAGCACGCUAUCACCGACACCUGCAGCAAGUACGACAGUAACAGAAGGGCCUGUAGUUGUGCCGGCUGUUGACACAGUCACAGAAGCAGACUCAGGUGCGGAGCAGCUGUCCAGAGAGGGGGAGGUUUCUGGGGAGCAGGGUGGUCUGGUUGACCCUCAGAGAGAGGUCACUUUUACUGUUUUACCAGAUGUGGCAGCUGUGACUUUUGAGGAUCAAACCACACUCGCCACAGACAUUAAGGACGUGACCUCAGAGCCUAGCACCCCAGAAUUCUCCACACACCCCUCCCAUGUUGCCACAGAUGAUAAGAAACAUCCCGCUGUUAUGGCCGAGCCUGCAGCCACAACCCCUGAAGACCACACCUCACCUGCCAGUGAGCUGCACAGAGACCAGACUGAGCAUUCUACCACCAUCUCCACCCAGACGAUGCUUUCCACCACCUCGCCCUUGUACACUUUCGACCGCAUCACCCACUCCAUCCCCCAGUGGGCUCUGAGCCCCGACCCCGCUGCCACACCUCUACCAGAUGAUGAAUUUGUGGACUAUGACACAGAGAUUGCCCCCCUUCUGCCAGAGUCACGCCCUCCGAUACCAGAAAGGAUCCUCACAGCCACAGAGCACCCAGACAGCACCACUUAUUCUGUGGAGGCCAGCACUGUGAACGUCCAAGAUCUGCUGCCGUGCUCAACCAGUGUGUGUCACAAUGGAGGCUCCUGCUUCCAAAGGGGGGAACAAAAUAUCUGCGUGUGUGCACCUGGAUACACUGGGCAGCUCUGUGAAAUAGAUGUUGAUGAGUGCCAGUGUAACCCGUGUCUAAAUGGAGCCACCUGUCUGGAUGGAGUCAACUCCUUCACCUGUCUCUGCCUGCCCAGCUACUCAGGAGAGCUCUGUGAACAAGACACUGAGGUUUGUGGAUUCGGUUGGCAGAAGUUUCAGUCUCACUGCUACAAGUACUUCACACACCGCCGGACGUGGGAUGCUGCUGAGAGGGAGUGUCGGCUGCACGGUGCCCACCUGGCCAGCAUCCUGUCACAGGAGGAGCAACUGUUUGUCAACCGUCUGGGCAGUGACUACCAGUGGCUCGGCCUGAACGACAAGAUGUUUGAGAGAGACUUCAGGUGGACUGAUGGAAACCCAAUGCAAUACGACCACUGGAGGCCGAACCAGCCGGACAGCUUCUUCCAGUCAGGAGAGGACUGUGUGGUGAUGAUCUGGCACGAGGGAGGACAGUGGAACGACGUGCCCUGCAACUAUCACCUGACCUUCACCUGCAAGAAGGGGACAGUCUCAUGCGGGCAGCCCCCUGUGGUGAAGGAUGCUCGUGUGUUCGGGGCCAUGAAGCCUCGCUACGAGAUCAGUACCCUGCUCCGCUAUCACUGUAAACAGGGCUUCAUCCAGAGACACGCCCCGACUAUACGCUGCCGGGCCAACGGCCAGUGGGACAUGCCCAAAGUCACCUGCACGAGCCCCGCCACCUACCACAGGUCAAUCAGUCUCCGGCGCCGCAACAAUCAGAACAACGAGCUACAGAACCUGCACUAUAACCACCACAUCCAUCACACCAAGAGUCAUCAGAAACACAAUCAAAACCAAGAGCAGCAGAAGAGUUACAACUUCUUUCAGAGCUUGUGGACCCCUUUCCAGAGGGAGAAGAGGCACCAGCAGCAAACACACGUCGGGGACCAGAUGAGACACUGAUUGGGUUUGUGGGUUUGUAAAUGAGUGUUGGCAGCCGAGCACAGUAGGCUGGCUACGUCGGUCCAGAGGCAUCGAUAGACAGAGAGACGAACUGUCUAUCGAUGCCUCUCUGAAGGACAAGAGGCGUGUUUUACCCGUGCAUUGUCCCCAGAAACACUCCAGGAUCUGAACUGUAACACUAGAGAGAUUUAAGUUUCAUGUGUAAAGUUAGCUCACUGAUUAUAUCAAGUCACAACGCUCUAAACAAGACGGCUGGUGCCUUAAUGGCUUCACUGUGUGGUCGUCUUAAUGCACCACAUCAGCGGCCUGUGAGUCAGAGUUCAUGACCUGACAGAGGAUCUGAACAGCCUGUCAGUCCGUCUUAUUUUAAAGGUGCCCUGUGGAUGAAAAUUAACAUUCAUUGUUUUGUAUCCUUGAGGCCUCACAAGUUUUUCACAAUAAUCACAGAAAUGUUUGUGGUUUAUUUUUAUAAGAGCGAGCCCUGUAGUUUAGAGACUUUACAUAAUGUUACUGACAGACUAUGAAGCACAGAAGCAUAAUGCAUUCACUGAAGAAAAGAAAUCACACUCUGUUUUUCGAGAUUAUUAUCUCACAAUUAUGAGAAGUUUUUUAUGGGAAAUAUUCUGCUGUUGUUUUUUCUGAAUCAAGAAGAUAAUCUCAGACAAACAAGAAUAUAAGAAAUUAUUAUCUCGUUAAUUUGGAAAAACGAGCAGAUUUUUUUCCAUAAACUUUUUUUCACAGAAUUCUAAGAUAAUAAACACAAGAAUUGGCAAGGUUAUUAUCUCGUUAAUUUAGAUUCAGAAUUUAUUAAAAAAAAAAAAAAUUAAGGAUAGAUCAUAAUCUGGUAAAGAAAUCAGCAUCUUUUUUUUAAUUAAAUGUUCUUUAUGGAAUUUUAAGAUGAAAAAAACAAAACAAGAAUUCACAAAAUAUUUUAAUAAAUUAACAACAGGUGAUAAUUAUUCAUUUUUUUCAUGACAUUUUGUCUCAGAAUCCUGAGAUUAAAAAAAAAAGAGAAUUUCCAAGAUUAUUUAUCUUGUAAUUUAUGAGAUUAUUAUCUUGUUAUUAAAAAAAAAGGCAGAUUUUCUUUAAUAAAAUGUCAUCUCAGAAUUUUGAGAUACUAAAAGAACAAAUAUUUCCAGGAUUAUGACCUCAUUAAUUUACAAGGUUGUUAUCUUGUUAAUUCAGAGAACAAAAGCAAUUUUUGUUAUUCAUAGAAUCUUUUCUCAGAAUUUUAAGAUGAUAAAAACAAGUAUUUUCCAACAUUAUUAUCUUCUUAAUUUAGGAAAUGAUUAUCUUGUUAAUUCAGAAAAACAAGAACAGAUUUUUUUCUCAGAAUUCUGAGAUUAUUUUAAAAAAAAAGAAUUUACAAGAUGAUUAUUUUAGUCAUUUAUGAGAUAAUUAUCUUGUAAACUGAGACAAACGAGUACUUUUCUUAAUUUAUACCUUUUUUUUUUCAAAAGUGAAUUUACAAGAUUAACAUUUCGAUAAUUCAGAAAAACGAGCAGAAUUUUUUUCCGAAAAUUUCCACUCAGAAUUCGGAGAUAAUAAAAUAACAAAAAUUUGGAAAUCAUUACCUCAUUAUUUUCGAGAUUGUUAUGUUUUUUAAUUCAGGAAAAUGAGAGCAAAUAUUUUAUUCAUACAUUUUUUUCUCAAAAUUCUGUGACAAUAAAAAACAAAUAUUUUCCAACAUAAUUAUCUUGUUAUGUACAAGAUUAUUAUCCUGUAAAUUUAGGAGAUAAUUUUCUUGUAAACUGACACAAACAAAAGCACUUUAUUCAUAAAAGUUUUCUCGGAAUUUUGAUAUAGCUAAAAAAAAAAAGAAUAAAAGAUUAAUAAUAAAAAAGAUUAUUGAUAUUGAUUAUUAUCUCCAUAAUUCAGAAAAACAGCAGAAUUUCAUUUUAGAAUUUUGAGACAAUAAUCUUGUUAAUUCAGAAUAAUAUUUCAAAUAUUUCUUUCUGAAGCAAAUGCAUUAUGCUUCCAUAUUAGAGAGCAUGAAUUCAUCACUUUAAAUUAUUAUCAUAGAGCAUUUUCCACUUUGUCCAGUUUCAGUUUGUUGCUGCUUAUCAGGACCCAUUUUUACUGGCUGAUUUCCACAUGUAGAUUUUUGUACAAAAUAUUUUUAGCUGAGAAAAGUUUUUUAAAUAAAAAGGAGAGGUGAGAUUUAAAGAGACAGCACACAGAGCUGGAGGGGAGAUUAUUAUGAAUGUGUGUGUGUGCUAUAAUAUAGAUACUAUAUGAAGCCAUAUAAAUUUAACUUAUUGUAUACUUUAAAACUAUGAAUGGACUGUGAUAUUAAAUAAAGGUCAUUGGAACUGAA